AUGUCCCAGAUAUCGGCGGUGCUUGAAGAAUCCUCCCUCAAUGGUUAUCUAGAUGGAAUCCUAAAUACAAUUCUGUUUAUGCGUUUGUUGGAUCCCAUUGAUACAGACUUCAGUUUCAGCCAUUUCUUGAAAACUAACUACCCUUCUACCCGCUCCUCACAGAUUAAACUCCCAACGUGUGCAAUUGAAGCAUCCAGCUGGAUAAACGAGUGCAUUUCAGAAAUUCACUCAAAUAUAACACCAAUUGAAGCAAAUAAUUUGACAGAUGCAGUUCAUUCAAUAGAUUCUUUGUUUGCGAAAGUGUUGUUGUCGUUGAAAUUUUACGUUGAUGAUACAGACAACAACCACAGGUCAAAACGCUGUGAAUCCUGGCUAAUUGAUUUGGAUAUUUUGAGAGACCAAUUCUCAUCGUCCUUCUUUGACAGAGAAAAAAUGGAUACAUUGAAGUCUAACAAAUCGAUUAAUUUCAACAACCUUAACUCCAACUCUUUACUAUACCUAUCACUGAACCCGUCUUUUCGUCAGGAUUUCUUGAACGAUCUGUUCCAGUCGAAUAUCUCCCAGAUCAUUCAAUACGUGGAUUCCCAUCGAGAAAACGUGCCCAUCUUCAAAUCCACAAAAUCGCCAUUUUUACUGGACUACAAAAUUGUGGCAACUUCUUCGAUUUACACAAAUCCUUUGGACAUAGAAGACUUGGCCUCCUCGUUCCCUGGACUUGAUAGCAACGAAAGUAUAGAGGUUUUAUCGUCCCUUGAAUAUGACAAGCAAAAGAAUGAGGCUUCUACAGCGGACGAUUUAUGGAAGAAUGGUUACAAUAUCAUUAGAAAAAUUCUUGAUAAAUAG